CGUGGGGAAGCCACCAGUGGUAGAGCUGGCAAAGACGGAAAAGAGGGAAAGAUAGACAGCAGAGAUAGAGAGGAGAGAGAGAGAGGCCGAUACAGACGAAAAAGGAGAGUGUUUCACCUCGGCUGACCGUCUCUUACGUGACGAAGCGUCCACUGGAGGUUGGACAGCGGCGGAAUAUCUGAAGAGGAUAUUUGACUAGCCCCCUUUAUUUGCUCUUCUUUACACGGAGCGUAUUUCACAACCGAGGGGGCAACAAGGCUGCUGCUGCUUGAAGUGAACCCAGCCGCAGUGAUCUCAUCAUCCGUGGGCCUUGUGGAUUAACUUGCUGCCUUCAUCUAAAGGAAUGCUGUAUUGAUUACUGCUCUCUAACAAAGCCCAUGGAUUACAGUGAGCGUGUUGGAAAGGCUUUGAUCACAGCUAUGUCAACACUGCAUCAGGAUAUUUCAAGUCAAAAAGAACCACAGUAGAAGACUGACAGGAGCUUUGUGUUUCCAGCUUGUCUUAUACCAUACUUUUUGAACUUUUAUACAGUCACCUGAUUCAUUAAUUUGAUCCAGACACUCUUUUAUUCCCCCUAUAUAUAAAACCCCAUAUUCUCUCAUCAUGUACGGAAGCUCACGUUCCGUCUCCAAGCUGGAUGUCGUUGGAUCCAAUGGUAACGGGUCAGUGUCUGGGAGUCCCGGCCGCUCCCCACGACUCCCUCGCUCCCCCCGCCUCGGACACCGGAGAAACAGUAGCAGCAGCUCCACUGGUGGACUUACUGGCUCUGGUAAAACCCUGUCCAUGGAGAAUAUUCAGUCUCUUAAUGCUGCCUACGCCACAGGUGGUCCUAUGUAUUUCACUGACACAGCUGAUGACCCGGUCGGCCUUGGUAGCCUGGGUAGUGGGCUGAAUCCUUCGCUGCCCAAAAGCACCAUGACGCUGGGCAGGGCUGGGGCCAGGGUUCCCUAUGGGAUCAGAGCUGCCAUCAUGGGAAGCACUCCGAAUAUAAACACUGGAGGUGGCGGUGCAGUUAUGCCCAGUGAUGCAAUAGCGUUUGGAGGGGAGAUGCAAAGCCAUCCUUCACAGGCUGCUACUGUGCCCCACUCCAUGAGACAGGUGAGGGACGGUGCCAUGUCAGACCUACAGUCACAGCUGAGAGAAGUGCUGAGAGAGAAUGAACUUCUUCGCAGAGAGCUGGAGGCUAAAGAGUCCAAACUGAGCUCCUCUAUGAACUCUAUCAAGACGUUUUGGAGUCCAGAGCUGAAGAAGGAGAGAGCGGUGAGGAAGGACGACGCCACAAAGAUGGCGGUCUGGAAGGAACAGUACAGAGUAGUACAGGAGGAAACACAGCAUCUUCAGUGCACAAUCCAGGCUUUACAAGAUGAGCUCCGAAUCCAACGUGAUCUCAACCAGCUCUUCCAGUCCGAUUACUCAGACUCCGGUCGUUUUGGAAACCAGGCCAUAUCUCCACAGGAAAUGACAGAGGACAACUUCCUGCGUCUCCAUGGCGAAUAUGAGCGGCAGGUCAAAGAGCUCUUCCUCCUGAGGAAGACUGUGGAAGAAAUGGAGCUGAGGAUCGAUACACAGAAACACACUCUAACCGCCAGGGAUGAAUCCAUUAAGAAGUUACUGGAAAUGUUGCAGAGUAAAGGCCUGUCGUCACGGGCAACCGAGGAGGACCAUGAGCGAACAAGGCGACUGGCUGAUGCUGAGAUGACCAUCCACCAACUGGAGGGCUUGCUGGAGCAAAAAGACAAGGAGAUGCUACAACUCAGAGAGGAGCUACACAGGAGAUACGAAGCAGCUCCAGAAUCAACCAAGACUAAGGCCCUGCAGACAGUCAUCGAAAUGAAGGAUGCAAAGAUCAGCUCAAUGGAGCGCGGCUUGAGAGAGCUGGAGGACGAGGUGAACAUGCUCAAGUCCAACGGAGCUCUGAGCAGCGAGGAGAGAGAGGAGGAGAUCAAGCAGAUGGAAGUCUACAGAUCUCACUCCAAGUUCAUGAAGAACAAGGUUGAACAGCUGAAGGAAGAGCUAAGUCACAGCCAAUCAGAGAAGGAGGAGCUAAGAGAACGAGCCAAUGAGCUUCAGCGGGAGGUGUCUGCAAUGGAACAGGUGAAGCAGGAUCUGAGUCGUAAGGACAGCGAGCUGUUGGCUUUCCGGACCAAACUGGAAACCCUGAACAAUCAGUUUUCUGACAGUAAACAACACGUGGACGUACUCAAGGAGUCGCUCACUGCCAAGGAACAGAGAGCUGCUAUACUACAGACUGAGGUGGAUGCGCUGCGUCUUCGCCUUGAAGAAAAGGAAUCUCUCCUCUCUAAAAAGAGUCAACAGAUAUCUGAGCUGACAGAAGAGAAGAGCACUCAGCAUGGAGAGAUCACCGACCUCAAAGACAUGCUGGACGUUAAGGAACGCAAAGUUAAUGUCCUGCAGAAGAAGAUAGAGAAUCUCCAGGAUCAGCUGAGGGAUAAAGAAAAGCAGCUGAGUGGGCUGAAAGACAGAGUCAAGUCUUUACAGACCGAUACCUCAAACACCGACACGGCACUGGGAACACUGGAGGAAGCUCUGGCUGAGAAGGAGCGCAUCAUCGAGCGGUUGAAGGAUCAGCGGGAGAGGGAGGAAAGAGAAAAGGGGGAGGAGAUGGAGUCCAGCAAGAAGGAGCUGAAGGAGCUGAGGGAGAAAGUCUCCCAGCUGCAGGCUGACCUCGCUGACCGUGAGACAUCUGUGUUGGAUCUGAAGGAGAAAGCUUCCUCUCUGGCAUCCUCGGCUCUGAAGAAGGACAGCAGGCUGAAGAGUCUGGAGAUUGGCCUGGAGCAAAAGAGAGAGGAGUGUGUCAAACUUGAUAACCAGCUCAAGAAGGCUCAGAGUGCAGCGACAGAGUCACUGGCCAACACUGAACUCUCUGAACGCAUCUCCAGCCUAGAGCAGGAUGUGGCCCAACACAAAGAGGAUGCUGUGAGGGCCCAAUCCGAGGUGGAACGACUUCUGGAGAUCCUGAGGGAGAUGGAGAAUGAAAAGAACGACAAGGAGAAAAAGAUCCACGAACUGGAGAGGCAGAUGAAGGAUCAGUCGAAGAAGGUGGCCAACCUGAAACACAAGGAGCAACAGGAGAAGAGCAAGAACGCCCAAAUGAUGGAGGAGGCUAAGAAGAGGGAAGACAACCUGAAUGAAAGCUCCCAGCACAUAAAGGACUCCCUCCGUCAAAAAGAAGAGCGCAUCGAAGAGCUGGAGGAGGCACUGCGGGAAAGCGUUCAGAUCACAGCAGAGAGGGAGGUGGUGCUCGCUCAGGAAGAGCAGGCACGCGUGACGUCUGACAAACAGGUGGAGGACCUGCUGGUUGCCAUGGAGAAGGUGAAACAGGAAUUGGAGGUGAUGAAAGCGAAGCUGUCAUCAACUCAACUCUCACUGGCCGAGAAGGAAGGUCACCUGACUUCCCUGCGAGCGGAGAGGCGGAAACACCUGGAGGAGGUCCUGGAGAUGAAACAAGAGGCGCUCCUGGCAGCUAUAAGUGAGAAAGAUGCCAACAUCGCCCUGCUGGAGCUCUCCUCGUCCAAGAAGAAGAAAACCCAGGAAGAAGUGGCAGCUCUGAAGAGGGAGAAGGACGGUCUGGUUCAUCAGCUCAAACAGCAGACUCAAAACAGGAUGAAGCUGAUGGCGGACAAUUACGAGGACGACCACCUGAAAGUUACUUCUCCAAACUCAGAGCAACCCAACAAUCACAAGCCCUCCCCAGACCAGAUUCUCUCUCCUCUCCUGGAUCUCAAUCAGAAUCGCAGUAAACUGAAGCUGUACAUCAGUCACCUGACAUCUCUGUGUCAGGAGCGAGACCCAAUCAUAUUGCAGGACUUUGCCCCGCCCCCAGCCUAUCACCGCUCUGACUCCGCCUCCUGGCAUACGCAGCUGCACAGCAUGACGCAGGAACAGUUGGAGGUGGAGUUAGCUCUGUGUGAGAGGGAGGGGGCAGAGCUACAGGAGUACGCCAACCAGGUCCUGCAGCAGAUCGCCGACCGAUGCCCCGACAUUUUGGAACAGGUCGUCAACGCCCUGGAGGACAGCUGCUGACAUUCACACACACACACACACACACACACACACACACACACACACACACACACACACACACACACACACACACACAAGCAAAUACACCCUCUUUAAUAAGCUUACACAUAUGAUUCACAAGCACACAAAGUCAUUAAAGAAAGCAUGCAGACACACACAGGAUCAUCAGAAACAUCCAGUCGGCUCACAUAACGUCCUGUCGGACAUGAAGAUGAAGCUUUUCUCAUUUCCACAACAGCAAAAGGAGAGUUUCCCCUUCGAGGAUCGACAAAAAAUAAAUAAAUAAUCAAGUUGUUAUUAAAAAAAAUUGUUCACUGUGUCUUUAGUCGCCAUAAUUUUGAAUGAACGGCACCAGCUGAUGACACUGCUGUUCACUUUUCAGUUCAAAGUGCUACGUUGGCAUGCAAGUUCUUUGGAAAUAGUUGAUGUUUUUGAGACUUUUAAUACUUAUUUUCCCAACUAUUCCAAAACAGAAGAAGCCUUCACUGCACUCACUCACCAUCUGUGACACUUCAGAGCGGCCAUCUUGUGUCCUUCUAGGCAAUCAGCAGUUGGACUUGUAACUUGAUGUAUUUUAUUUUUUAACUGUAUAAAAAGUGAGUUGCCAGGUUGUUUCUGAUGCCAGUUUUACACGCUGUUGCCACAUUAUUGGAUUGGUUCAGAUCUGUGUGUUUAUUUCAGCUGCCUUCGGUUCUUUACAUCAUUUUGCUGCUAUCUUUUUCACUUUUAGUUUCUUUUUUUUUUUUUCCUCCCAUUUCUUGUUUCUUUUAUUAUAGGCAUCUGAGAUAUGAAACGUCCCAAACUUGCAGAUUAUUUCACCAGUAAUCUCCAGAUAGAUGUGUAAAUUGUAAAGAGAGAAGUAUAAUAAACAGAAACACAUUUUUUUGGGGUCUCGGCUUGGGAACGCAACACUUUCAUCUAACGUUUUUUCCAUCGCUGUUGAAAAUCUCGCAAUACUCCCUUUAUUAAAAUAUAACAAAUGUUAGAUGUUUUGUGUUUCUUUUUAACCUGAGAAAAUAUGUUGAGUUAUGGCGUCCAUGCUGAAAUUACAAGUUCACUCACCAAAUCCCUUUUUUGUGACAAUCCCUUUAAAAUUAACAUGAGGACAAAUCUGAACUUGCUCAUUUCCCCUUAUUGAAACAUCUGCUUUUGUUUUCUUUUUUUGGGAGGGAGGGGAUAUAAAAAUUAUAUAUUUUUUUGCUUUUGGUAAUAUAUAUAUAUAUAUAUAAAACACUAAUCUUGUUUAAUUGAAAAUAUUGUCAUCCAUUGUUUAGUAUAUUGCAUAAUGUGUCAAAAUCUUUCUUUUGUGAUGCAAGUAACCACAGAUGUGUUAGACGAGCAGAAGACUGUUAUUGGGAACGAAUAUCGCACCUACAUGAGGCUCUGUGUCCACCGGGAGCAUCUUGUUCUUGUUGUUGACAGUGGAAAUGACUCUGAUGCAUGUUUCCCACAGCACUGACAGCCGUAGCAUGAUAGAAACGCUUAGAGCACAGAGCACUAGAGGUCCAAAUUGUUCCAACUCAAAAGCAAAAACUACUCUUAACAAGUUUUUGUAGGCACAGUACGUGCUGAAACCAUGAGUGGAGUUGCCCACAUGCAACUGUUUAGCUCUGCUUCCUGAAAAAGAAAUAACAAGUGGACACAGAGCCUGAAGACAGGGAUUUACACGGCACACUCAAAUCUGAUUUUACACCCAGAUCUGACCUUUUAAAGAGGGCAAAAGUUUUCCAGCUUCUAAAGCACUGACUUAUAACAGCUCCGAAGCCCCACGGGUGUAAAUAAGGAGUUUCAUUUCACAACAUCGGUCGUAAUAGAGAAGAAAUUACCACCUGCUGACGUUCAAUGCAGGCUGUUUGAAUGUUUCCAGUUUGAAAUUGCUAAAGAUUUGAUUACUUCAGGGUUUGUGUGUCAUUGUACGAAUAGUGAGAAUCUCAUUUUGAAAUGAAACUCUGUCAGAUAUGAGCGAGUUUAAAUCCUGUAUUUUUGUCGUCUGUUUUAUAAUGUUUUGGAAAUGAUGAUGAUGAUGAUGACAGGGACUCACUUUGACUUUGCUGUGGAUUGAAAAAUGGGAAUGAAAGAAUGGAAUAAAAUAUUGAUUUAUCUUUACCUCGUUA